GCCCACCUAAUCUGAGAAAUGAAUACACAAGUGGUCAAAUUGGAACUACAUCUUCAUCCCGCCUUAUCCAGAAACGGGAGGAGAAGGAUCACAUAACAAAACUGUAGCUCUUAAUUCCCAACCACCCCAGAAAAUAUUGAGGCCCAGUAUGGGCGGAUAUGAGUGCUUCUGCUGUCUCCACCGCUGUCUCCACCGCUCCCUCUCCCGCCAACGCCUGUGGAGGCUGCAGCUGCCGCCGGAUCAACAAAUGUGUCCCCACCGCCUUCAAGUUCGUCACUCGUCAGCUGCACCAUCAUGGUCAUCACCAGCGGAGCAAGUUCUCCCUCCGAGUGGCCAAUGAGCAGAGCAGGACUGAGGUAUCAGCCGACUUGAGCAAUGAGAGAUCGGAAGCUGACAAGAUAGUCGAUGGGAUGGAUUUUGGUGAGCUCUGCAAUGAGUUCGAGUGCAUCAGUAGUCCCUUGGUAGAGUCCACUGCGAGGCAACUCGUCCGCGAUAUAUUAGAGCUUCGGGAAGGCAAUCGUGCCCUCGGAACCUAUGCAGUAUCUGUCAAAUACAAGGACCCGAUUAGAAGUUUUACGGGUCGUGAGAAGUACAAGCGGCCACUCUGGGUGACUGGUGCACUAGAAAAUCCUUCCGUGUCUGUGCAAGAAAUGGUGAUGUUGUCCACCAGUGUCUUGAGGAUCAGGUGGACGAUUAGCGGGAAACCUAAGUCCAUAAUUGCUGCCAUAGGAGGCGACCUGAUUGUCCGAGUUAAUUCCCAAUUCACCCUGAACCAGAUCAGUGGGCAAGUGAUCGAGCAUGAAGAGUCUUGGGAUCUGUCAGCAUCGUCAGCGGUCGCCCAGGCAUUCUUCUGGGCUUCGCGCCGCCUGUUUACCACGAUCGAGACCGGAAAAGAUUUCACCGAGUCCAUUAAGAAUCUGAGUAGCCGUUUCAUGCCAAAAGAGGAAAACCUGGAGGUGUAUCCGGACCCUUCUGGUGACCCAACCAAAUUCUUCCAGAGGGAUGACAGCUUCCAGCGGGACCUAUACCAAAUCGCGCUGUUACUGGCAGUGCUCUAUUUUGUUGUACAGUUCUUGAGGGCAACCUUGUGAGAAGAAACACCAUAUAUAGCUUCUGCUCUAUUUCAUCCUCGGAAGACAUUGUGUAUAUUUCUCUGUUGAACAUUAUAUCGUAUUGCAUAUAUCUGUCUUGGACACUGAUCAUAGUUUAAGAAUUCACGGGAGAUAUAUAUCUUCAUUACAGAGACAGUAAUGUCAUCUGCAUUUUAGUUUAA